CGGCAGCCAUCCUCAUCGCCCAUCUGAAGCUGUCCCCCGCCGAGCUGCGCCAGGUCCUCAUGAACAUGACCACGGACCGGCUGGAGCCGGCCCACAUCAAGCAGCUGCUGCUCUACGCCCCCGACGAGGACGAGGUCAAGCAGUACGAGCAGUUCGACGAGGACCCGGCCAAGCUGAGCGAGCCGGACCAGUUCAUCUUCCAGAUGUUGAUGGUGCCGGAGUAUAAGAUGCGCCUGCGGAGCCUCCACUUCAAGACCACGCUGCAGGAGCGCACGGAGGAGAUGAAGGUGGCGUACGACUACAUCUACAAGGCUUCGGUGGAGCUGAGGAGCAGCAAGAAGCUGGCCAAGAUCCUGGAGUUUGUCCUUGCGAUGGGAAACUACCUGAACAACGGGCAGCCCAAGAGCAGCAGGACCACCAGCUUCAAGAUCAACUUCCUCACAGAGCUAAGCACCACCAAAACCGUGGACGGGAAAUCCACCUUCCUCCACAUCCUGGCCAAAUCUCUGUGCCAACACUUCCCCGAGCUGCUCAACUUCUCCAGGGACCUGACCACGGUGCCUCUGGCGGCGAAAGUGCACCAGAGGGUCGUGACCACGGAGCUGAGCGACCUCCACGCCACCAUCCAGGACAUCAGGACGGCCUGCCAGAAGAUCACGCCCACCCCUGAGGACCACUUCGCCUCCGUCAUGAGCAGCUUCCUGGAGAACAGCCACCCGGCCGUCCAGUCUCUGGAGUCGCUGCAGAGCCGCGCCAUGGACGAGUUCUCCAAGACGGCCUCCUUCUUUGGCGAGGACAGCAAGUCCACCAGCACCGAGUCCUUCUUCGGCAUCUUCGCCGACUUCAUAUCCAAGUUCGAGAGAGCCCUGAAUGAGACGCAGAGCCCGGAAAACCCCCGCAGCCCCAGACUGUCCUCCCCCCUGGCCUGGUAGGAGCAGGAGCGGCCGACCGGCCGACUCUCCGCGACCAAAGUGCCAAGAUCGGGACCCG